UGAUUUAUGGCCCAUUUUGAUACUUUCCUCUUCUAGAAGGAGCGAAAAGGGGAAGAGGAGCAAAACCUAGGAAACCCCAAGAGGAAGAAGAAGAAGAACAAGGUAUUUAUCAUGUGAUCAUUUCGCAACUUCAGGUUGCUCAAGAAAAUCAGCUACAUCGAGGUGUGUGAUAUCAUCAAGAUCAUCAUAAACAUUGUUUUGAUCAAUAAAAUUUGUCUCGGUAUUUUUGCCUUUCCCUUUUAAUGAUGUCUGAUAGAGGUCAACAAGAUGUUUUGCUGUAUGAUAGGUACGGGACCAAUGGCCUUCUAUUCCACACCGGUAGCAAAUUUCCUCAUAAUAUUUCUUUUCUUCACUUUUCUUAUCAUUAUUAUCCCAUUUCUGGGAGUUAUUUUGUCUUCUGUCACGGCUAUGAUCAAUGUGAUUAUAAGGCACAUAUCUGCCACGACCACGUCCACGAUAACAGCUACGUCCUCCGCCUCCUCCAUGGCUAUGUCGACGCCCACGAUCAUGAUUUUGAGAUUUAGUUGCAUUCGCUUCAGGGAAUGGACUAGAACUAGAGCAUAUUCGAGGCAUGAAAGCCUUAAGUGAAGCCAGUCAUACCGGGCUUUUAGGAGCACGACCAACUUCAUGUGGUCAAAUCUCUCCUUCAAAUUAUUCCACAUAGCUCAUAUUAUUUGGUUGUCCUGAAGGAAGGAGGAUCAUACAUUUCAUCAUGGCUGGUGAACAAAAGGUAACCGUUAGUUUUUGGGUGGACAAGGCGAAGAAAAGGGUGGUGCUGGCCGAAGCGGACAGCGACUUUGUAGACAUCCUCUUCAGCUUCCUCACCCUGCCGCUGGGAGCCGUCGUCGGGCUCCUCAACAAGCAAUCUAAUAUUGGAUGCAUGGACAAUUUGUAUGGGAGCGUCGAGACUCUUGAUGUGCGUAAUUUCCAGACUGAGGCAUGCAAGACCAUGCUUCUCUUCCCUCAAAGCGCUGCAGCUGAACGAUGCGAAGAUCUGAAAGUAAAUAUUGAUAGCGCAAGGCCUAACCCGAGGCGGGUCUAUGCUUGUCAAAAGCCCGAUUGUUGUUCCAAGACGACCUGCUUGGCUAGUUCUGUUUCGAAUGUGCGAUGUCCUCACUGCCGAGAAACUAUGGAUUCACCUAGAAUGUGGGACAAAGGGGAUGUGCAAUUUGUCAAGAGUGGAGAUAAGUUUAUGAUUACAGACGACCUUCUUAUAACUCUAUUUUCUAUGGAGAAUUACAUAUCUUCAAUUAAGAAACUGGGAGUAGAAGAUGCAUGCUUUCUCGAGGAGAAGGUUAUGGAUCUUGGUAGAGAUGAGAUAUUGACAUUGCUUCGAAGGUUUCUGGUCUCCAAUUCUCCACUUACUGACUUGGUUUUCAAAAAUAUGGGUGUGACUGAUGAUGUGUCAAAAGGAAUUGGUAUUAAAAAAAUGAUACAAGUUAAAAGAGAAGGCAACACAGAAGCUGAAUCAAAAGAAACACACAUCAAUUUAAUUUUAAACAAAUCUACGAACAAAGUGUCAUUUGUGGAAGUUGGAGAAGAAUUUAUGAACAUUAUAUUCAGUUUCCUGACCUUGCCUCUUGGUUCUCUAAUCAAGCUUCAAACUAAGAAGUCGUUCUUGGGAUGUGUUGAUAACUUGUAUCAGAGUGCUGAAAAUUUGAGUUUGGACAAUUUCAAAUCUGAGGAGUGCAAAAAUAUUCUUAUCUUUCCUAAGCUCGCCCCCUUCUUUGGCUACACUGGCAGCAUGCUGGAGAUGGAUGAAAUUGCUCUGCGUGAACCACGUGAUUUCUCUUGCCGUGGUUGUUACGCUUGCUUCUGGAAAAACAAUAAUACAGAUUGUACAGCUUCAGAAUGUGCCCACGGUGUGAAGCGGGCAUAUUUUAGACUGUUAAACCCAAAAUCUCCAGAGGGAAGUACAGAAAGCGGUGGGGGAUAUGCUAAGGGAAGUUUCUUGGUGACUACUGAUCUUUGUGUGUAUCAAUUAUCUGCCUCUUCCUCAAUCCAAAUUAUCAAGAACCUGGAUAUUUCCUUAAGCGAUCUAGCGAUGAAGAGGGCCGUAUUUGGAGAAAUCCAGGCCCUUGAUCUACUUAGAUCUGCUGUAACUUCUAAAACUCCGAUUGGUGAUGUGCUAAAUAUUCAUCAGAAAGCGAAAGUGAAAGAGGAUUCGGUUGCUAAAGAAGAAAUUAAGUCACUUGAUUAUUACAUAGUUAACCUUUUUACUAUGAUUUGUGAGUUUUGUGAACCAGCAACUGUGUAACAAAAAACACUGAAAAACUGAAACUCUUUUUAUUA